AUGGUGAGUAGUACCUUUGAUAGACACUUUAUCAAGAAGAGGAAGCUUCGUCCUUACGGGAAUAUCGAAGAUGAGGAAGAAACAAUAGUUGAUGACGUGGGAGGAACCGUUGAAGGCAUGCAAGAUGCAUCUUACCAGAAUGAAGCUAGUAAAAGAAUGACGAAGAAAUAUGGGAUCGGUGCUAGAUUGUUAUCUAAGAUGGGGUACGUGGAAGGCAAAGGCCUGGGCUGGAAUGGUUCCGGUAUUGCGGAACCUAUACAAGCAGAACAACGUCCACUGCCGAACGCAGGUCUGGGAAUGCUAUCUUCAUUGGAAAUUGAUUCGCAAGAAGAUGAGGAAGUUGAGAGUAGCUCUGAUGAAGAAAAGGGGCAUAAAAUUAUACAGAAUAGUGUACUUUUCAAUAAGACAACAACAGAGCAUUUAAGUCGCAAUGCAGCCGAUAGUAAGACUAGGGAGAUACAAAAGUUAAUAAGAGAUUUCCAGUUCAAAUUUGGCUUAGAUUUCAAGCAGGAUAGAAUAGAACAACUUGAAGCUAGUGGUCCAGAAGCAGGACAGAAAUUGAAAGUCAUUAUGGAAGAAGCGCUGGAUGUACAACAAAACUUAAACGCCCUUGAUCAUCGCAUUGAGUAUCUGGAACCGAAGUUAACAGAUAUAGAAGAGGAAGAACAAUUACUAGGAGAUAUCAGCGUCGAAUGGAACGAGGCUUCAAUAAUAGAUGCAGCUGGAUUGAUUUUGAAGCUUGCUGACACCGAACUGGUUGAUAGAAUGAUAUGCUCUUUACUACAAAGAAGAUGCGCAGAUCUUCCAUGGGACCCUUUGGAUGCCUCCAAUAUCAUAUUAACCCAGCUAGUGCCGCUGGUUGAAAUUUUGAAAUAUCAAAUGGAUAGUAAUCCAGAUCUUUUAAACAGGACACAAACAGUACUCUUUACUAUCGUAUUCAAUAAGCUACUGGGACAUUGGCAAAAUUGUUUUCUCAAUAGGGAAAAAAUAAAUACUGUCAUAAGACUUUUGAUGGAUUAUGAGCCAAUCUUGAGAUUUAUCGGUUGCUUUACGUACAUAAAAACAAAAUUCAUUUAUCCCCAAUUGAUAGAGGCCUUGAGAUCGUGGGAUAUUUCAAAUUCAGAUAAUUCUCCUCCAAGAAUAUGGAUGUUUGAUUUCAUUGUCAUUAUCGAUGAAGAUUUCCUAAAAGAAUUAAAGCAGCUAGUGGAGCGUAAAAUCUCCGGUUAUUGCCAAGAUUGGCAUCAUAGCAAAUCGCGCCCUAUUUCUAAGUUAGACAUCCUCUUCUCAAGAGAAAUUUUAGGCGAAAGGUAUUCGAAAAUUAUUCAAACUUUUUUUUUACCUAAAUUUAUCGAUCAACUCUGGGAAAAGCAUUUUGAUCCGACCAUCGAUUUAGAAAAUUGGAGAUCUAUCUCUUUUGAAGAAGGAACCUACUAUUAUUUAAUGAAAUUACAGGAAUAUAAACAGUUUUUUGAUGAAGAAGAGUAUAAGUUACUGCUUCAUGGUGUCUUUAAUGAACUCAACAAAAUUUUAUACCAAUGGAUACUUUAUUCUCCAAUGCGUGACAGAAAAAAAGCACAAUCAUGGUUCAACUCCAUUAUUAACGCAAUGUUCAACCAUAAUGUACCCAUCGAAAUGGAACUAGUGGAAAUCAGAAGAACUUUGAAUUUCUUAGAUGAUACGAAUCUCACACCAAUUCAUGACGAAUUGUUUGAUUUAUCAGAGCACUUGAAUUUGAAGGAAAAUGAAGCUGAUCAAUAUAGUAAUGUCUAUUGUUUUGAUAACAUCCCUUUGAGAAAAAUCAGUAAUACCUUUAAAGACGUAUUAUUAGAUUAUUGUGAAGAAAAUGGGUAUAAGUUCGAAAAAUUGCAUGACCAAUAUGCCGUAAUACCAUAUGGAAGUCGAAGGGAGUCGUUGGUACCAAUCUUUGUGGUUAAAUCUCAAGAGAAGAAGUAUCAUCUUGCAAUCAAAGAUGAUAUUCUUUGGGUAAGAAAGCGUAAUGGGAAUUUUGUACCGAUAUUUUUAUAUAGAAUUGGGUAA